AUGACAGAUGAUGUUGCUGUCGAUUCCAUUCAAUUUGAUAAUACCCCAUUCGAAGACGUUUUUGAUGUCGAAACCGAACUUGGAAGCGGCCAAUUUGCGGUAGUUCGACGGGUGCGCGACAAGAAAACCGGCGAGAAAUAUGCGGCGAAAUUCAUCAAAAAACGACGAUAUGCCACGUCACGUCGCGGGGUGACACGUCAGAACAUCGAACGCGAGGUGCGUGUGCUGCAGAAAAUUCGAGGGCACUCAAAUGUCGUCGAACUGCACGCCGUUUAUGAAACACAAAGUGAUGUCAUCAUCGUUCUGGAGCUGGUUUCCGGAGGCGAGCUUUUCGAUCAUGUAUGCGCCAAAGAAUGCCUUGAUGAAGCUGAAGCUGCCGCUUUCAUCAAACAGAUUUUGCUAGCAGUUCGACAUUUGCACUCGCUUCACGUCGUUCAUCUAGAUAUUAAGCCAGAAAAUGUGAUGCUGAAGCAACGCGGCGAAUCUCAAAUCAAAAUCAUCGAUUUCGGUUUGUCGCGAGAAAUCGAACCCGGUGCACACGUGAAAGACAUGGUCGGAACUCCCGAAUUCGUCGCUCCCGAGGUUGUCAAUUACGAGCCGUUAUCUGGUGCAACCGAUAUGUGGGCGGUUGGAGUUGUCACCUAUAUUUUAUUAUCGGGCGGCAGUCCGUUUUUGGGAGACUCUCGCGAUGAGACCUUCUCAAAUAUCACCAGGGUACGCUAUCAUUUUAGCGAUCGAUAUUUCAAGAACACAUCGAAACACGCGAAACACUUCAUUAGUCGAUUGUUCGUGAAAGAUGUCGACCAGCGAGCAACGGUAGAAGAGUGUUUGCAGCAUCCUUGGAUUCGAGGGCCGGAAGGCAAUGCUGUUGAUAUUCGAAAAGCUUCUUGUAUCACGAUUUCUCACAUUCAAUCGUUCAAGACAAGACAACGAUGGAAGCGUCUCGUCGAGCUGGUUACAGUAAUCAACAGAGCGACCAAAAGCGCGCGCUCGUUGAAUGACGGCAGAUUUGACAAGGAAGACCCUCUGCUGAGUUGCACAUUAAUAUGCGCCGAAGAAGGCAAUUUGCGAGCGCUGCAUAAACUGUCAGCACUCCAUCGACUACAUCCGAAUUCGUCUCCGAGAUUCGCGCAACCCCCUGGAUUUACUGCAAUGCAUGCUGCUGCCAAAUAUGGCCAAGCUGAAGUGUUCAAUUAUUUGCACAUGAAAGGCGGAAACAUCUGUCAUCGAGAGGAUGGUGGCGACACUCCACUUCAUGUCGCGUGCCGAUUCGCUCAGCAUUCGGUCGCUUCGUACCUGGCGAACGAGAAAAUUGAUGUCGAUGCGAUGAACAAACGCGGCGAGACCGCCCUUCAUUGCGCCGUCGAAUCGGCCGACACCCGAAUCGUGCGGCUGCUGAUUGCGUUGCGACCUCGUCUCGACAUCCCGAACGCCGUCGGCGACACUGUGCUCCAUCUCGCUGCCGACAGCAUCAACGCCCGACUUCUUCCGCUUCUCGUGAGCCUCAAUCCGCCGCUGUAUCUUCGCAAUAUUUAUUAUUAUUGUUGUUGUGACUGGUAUUGGUCCCACUCAACGCCUUCCAUCAUUUAUCGUCAAAUGAGUCGAGAUGAGACGUCGAUGGCGACACCAUCGCCGUCGACGUCAGAACCGGCUUCUGAAUCCGAAUCCGACUCGACGAUGGUUGUGCCGGGAAGUGUGAUGGCCACCUAUCUAGCGGAUCCUGUCGCCAAUCCGGCCGCCGCUUGUUGGAUGGAGAGUCCGAGGCCAAGGGCUGCGGAUUUCGUCACCAAAAAAUUUUCAAAAUUGGGAAAAGUUGAAGCUUACGCGUCGACGACGACAGCAUUUAUUCAGCUUCUGAAUGAUAUGUCGACUGAUUAUUCGAGAUGCGAUUGUUUGCGAGAAGAGACACCUCUACACGUGGCAUGCGCUCGCGGCCACAUCGAUUGUGUUCAGUCGCUGCUCGACAACAAUGUUCCGAUCGAUGCCGCCGAUCAGGAGGGUCGAACGGCGCUCAGUGUGGCGCUUGAGAACGCGCACGUAGACAUCGCGAUCACACUCAUCACCAACGGAUGCGAUAUUAACCAUGCGGAUUCGCAAGGCAAUACUGCCCUUCAUAUCGCCGCUAGAAUGGGACUGCUGAACGCUGUUCAGACACUCUGCCACUGUGCGGUCAGGGUAGAUUCGGUGAACAAAUCCGGAAUGACGCCGCUUCAUCUGGCUGCCCAUCAAGGACAUGUCGAUAUUAUCCGAAUUCUUUGUUUGGCUCGUGCUGACGUCAUGAAGAAGACAAAUGAAGGAUUGACGCCGGAAUUGAUCGCUUUGGCGCAAGAGCACACGGCGGCGGCUGCAUUACUAGCCAAAGUGAAGUCGGCCGAAGCACGAGAGGAGUAUGUGAGCCAGCUUUAUCCUCUGGAUACAUCUCUGAAGAGGAUCAAGCUCAAACUAUUUGGACACUCGAUGAGCGGAAAAACGCGUCUGGUGCAGACGCUAAACUCAACUAGAGGAAUAUCGUCGUUCUUUGAAUCCAUGUCUCGACGGAUAUCAGAUCAUUACAGUCCUAGCAAUAGCAUGGGCAAAGAUGACGGUGUUCACUCAACGAAUGGAUCCUUCGUUUCGGAAUCUAACAACAACGUCGAUUUCGUUCCACCGCAUUCGUUCUAUACCAGGGGAAUCGAUGUGCAAACUGUGAAUAUUGUUGGCUGCGGAGAAUUUUCGGUGUGGGAGUUCGGCGGCUACGACGUGAUGCAUACGUGCUACGAUCAUUUCGUCGGAAACACCGAUUGUGUUCAUCUCGUCCUCUUCCGAGCUUCCGAUCCCACCGAAGUCCAAUAUAAACAAAUUCUGUACUGGAUGAAUUUUCUGAAAGGACGAGUAACACCAGCUGAGCCCAUUGGACAUUGCGGAAUUAUCUCGCGGAGAUCAAAAGUCAUCAUCGUUGGAACCCAUGCGACGCCAACGUUGUUCCCCCACAAAAAUAGCGACGGAGAGUAUGUCUCAUCGGAUAUCGAGGCGAUGCUGAACACGGUGCGACUCCGUUUCGAGACCCAUUUCGAUAUGGACCACAAGCCAAUUCUCCUCGAUGAAACAAAUCCGUCGUGCGUUGGAUUGAAGACGUUGAAGCAGGAAUUGGCGAAAUCGCGAGCCAACAUCCUCUCGAAGCUUCUCAAGCCGUUGGCGAUUCUUGAUGCGGUCAUCGCCAAUCUAAACGUUGCCCGCAAACAGCACUCCAAUUUCCCGGUGAUUACUUGGCCGCAAUUCAUCAAUCUGGUUCGGAAUGAGAUCAAUCCACUUACUGGCGACACCCAUUGCCGACAAAUCGUACAGCAAUUGCAGCUUAUUGGCGAGGUUGUUUAUUUGCGCAACGAGCAAACACAGCUGGAUUAUGUUGUCUUGAAUGCCGAAUGGCUUGGAACUCACGUCAUCGGACAAUUGCUCAGCGCAGAGUUCUUGUCGAAAGCCCGACGCAGUGGGCUGUACAGCAUCGCAAACCUGGCGCCAAUAUUCCCGGAGAUCCCAGAGCCUGCCGAUCUGAUGCACAUCCUCGACACUUUGCAGCUGUGUGCUCCCGUCGAUAUCGGCGAGACGUUUGAGUUUCCCGUGUUCAUUCAAACCGAGCCGCCGCCGAACAUCUGGGCUAAUGACAAGCCGUCUUAUGUCUACGGAGGUGUUCGAAUCUUGCCAAUGCGUGGAAUGGAACGAUCGCUUUUGAGCACAUUCCCAAGGAUUCAAGUAGCAUUACGAAGAAGUAUGAACGAGUUCCAGGAUCCCAUAGACGCUGAGCUCAUGCAGUGGUCCGAGUGCUCGAAAAUGUGCUCGGGAUUGAAGGAAGCCCAAAUUCGUCUAGUCGGCGACGCAGUGGAAAUUCGAGUACGCGGUCCAGCCGAUCGUGCCACUUCGUGCUUCUACUUGAUGGAAGAUCUUAUUAAUCUAGUCGAACAGACAGCUUGCGAAGUUGCUCCUGGAAUCGCUCUCGAGCGACACUUCAUUAGUCCGAAACAUUUGAAGAUGCACAAGGAGAAUCCGGCGUUGUUCCUGCCAGAAGCGAUGAUGGAGAUGCAACAGAAGGAGUCGCUCUCUGUGCAAGGAACCCAAGAAGAGGAAGAGCUUUUCACCGACGUCGUGUGCUUUGGAUCGCGCGACGUCGCUCGACUUCUAACUCUUGGAAUCGACGUCGGCGUCGCUGAGCUCCAAAUGACGAGUCGUUGCGAGCUCGCGUGUCUCCUCGAUCCGCCUCAUAAUAUGGGCCGCGAUUGGUCGAUCCUCGCCGUCAAACUUCAACUGACCGAUCAGGUUCCCGAUGUGGAUUCAACUGGUCAGAGCCUAUCAAGAACGGAUCAAUUGCUCAAUGAAUGGGCAAUUCAUCAUCCCGAACAGGCGACGGUCGGCAAUCUGUGCAAGGUGCUCGUCGAGCUCGGACGCACCGAUGCACGCGACGCGCUCUACCGAACGGUUCCAUUGUACCUGUUCGCCCCUUUAGAAGACCAAUACCAGAUCGAGACGACUGACAGCGGCGUCGUCUCGUCGUGCCACUCCUCGUCCGAACAGCCGCACAUUACUUAA